GAAAAGGAAAAUGAGAGGUUUAGCAAGCAACAGGAAAACCGCUAAGAGAACACAUUCCAGGCGCGCAGAGUCUGGACGGAACAAUAAGGGGUGGGACAAAAACUCCAUGCCUACAACUAUUUAAAAAUCUCUAAUCUCGCUUUUUAAUCGGGAACACGGCCGGCAGCUGAAGAGUUCUUACUUAAUGGGAAUCGAGUCCAGUCUGUCGUCUCUUGUGAAGUCAGUCAAAGCGGAAGGAGUCUGGUCCAAAGCCCCACGACGAUGUUCCUGUUGUGUGUUUUAUCAGCGCAGAUUUAGACCCAGAUGAGAUAGGCUUCAUCGAGCGCGCUGUGGACUCAGACAUCAAGCUCUGAGAAACUGCGGCUGGUUCGUCAUCGAGGGCAGCGGGGAGGAUGUGAGAUCUCUCCGGAUGAAACAUCUGCAGCUGGGCCUUCCAACUCUUAUUUCAGUCUCAUAAUGUCGCCAAACUUACCUCCAACGCUGCAUUAAAGUGUCUAAUUCCGUUUUGCUUGUGAUAUGGGCGACGUGUGGUGUUCACAUCUGUCAAGUUAACAGCGGAGCAGAAAACAGUGAUGGGAAGCUCUGCUCUUCUUACGGUUCUGUUAGCAGGAGUCUUUCUCUUGACUUCCAGCAUUCAUGCAGAGAACCAUGAUGACGGUAAAGAAGAGAUGCUGCUGUGCACCUGUGAGAACACCAAAGGCACAUGCAACAACGGAACAUGCAGAGGAGACUUCUGUUUCUACACCUGGGCACGGAGCAAGGAGGAAUGGGGGUGCUUCUUCACAAAAAACUUCAGAGAGCAGUGCUCGGGUUCCUUCCCUGGCUUUUUUGUCCACUGCUGCAAAGAGAACAAGUGCAACGAAUUCCUCACGCCACCUCCAAAUAUUAAUGGUGAACCGACAACAGGGCCACCUCCAGAGACCCCAGGUCCUGAGCUGUGGAUUGCUGUGUCUCUGCUGCUCCUACUCACGUCUGUAAGUGUGUGUGGCUUGUUGCUAUUUCUGCGAUUUAGACGCGCACCCUGCAAAGUGAAAGACCCUGAAGACCACGGCGUCAUGGUCAAAGUCCCCGCUGGAGCUGACCCCACAUACGGUGACAUUUUUGAUGAGUUUUGCACAUCAGGAAGUGGAACAGGCCUUCCAUAUCUGGUCCAAAGGACUAUGGCGAGACAAAUCUCCCUUGUUGAGUGUGUUGGUAAAGGUAGAUAUGGCGAGGUUUGGAGGGGGACAUGGAUGGGGGAAAGUGUGGCUGUCAAGAUUUUCUCCUCCAGGGACGAGCAAUCCUGGUUCAGAGAGACAGAGAUCUACAAUACAGUGCAGCUGCGCCAUGAGAACAUCCUGGGCUUCAUUGCCUCUGACAUGACAUCCAAAAACUCCAGCACCCAGUUGUGGCUCGUCACUCACUUCCAUGAGCUGGGUUCGCUUUAUGAUUUCCUGCAGUACAGGAGCCUGGAGCCAGAGAGCUGUUUGAGGAUGUGCCUCUCUGUGGCUUGUGGCCUGGUCCACCUCCACACCGAGAUCGUCAGCUCCCAGGAGAAGCCGGCAAUCGCCCACCGAGACCUCAAGAGCCGAAACAUCCUGGUGAAGAGGAACGGACAAUGCUGUAUCGCGGAUCUAGGUCUGGCUGUGAUCCACUCUCAGUCUCAUGACUACCUAGAUGUGGGCAACAACCCUCGUGUAGGGACAAAGCGCUACAUGGCCCCUGAAGUGCUGGAUGAGACGAUUCGUGUCGAUGUCUUUGAGUCUUACAAGCAAACAGACAUCUGGGCCCUUGGCCUGGUCUUCUGGGAAAUAACCCGCAGGACUAUUGUCAAUGGGAUUGUUGAAGAGUACCGACCUCCCUUCUUUGACUUAGUGCCCUCAGAUCCAAGCUUUGAGGAGAUGAAGAAGGUGGUGUGUGUGGACCAACAAAGGCCCAGUCUGCACAACAGACUCCAUUCCCACCCAAUCCUCUCAACCAUUGUCAAGAUCAUGAAGGAGUGUUGGUACCAAAACCCAACAGCCCGCCUCACAGCCUUGAGGGUGAAGAAAACCCUCUCUAAACUAGACGUCGAAGCUGACUUCUGCAUAGAGAAACUCAAGUGCGACAUCUAAGUGAGAACACAAAGAAAUAUUGCUGAAAACAAAACAAAAAGAAACAACAAGAAAAGUUAUGUAACCAUCUGCCCUUAACUACAGCCAACGUUUUGUUUUUGUUUUUGCAAUAAAAAGGGGAAAUUUUUUUACUAAUCAUUAUGGGAUGGGAAAUCCUUUCCUGAUUAUUCACAAUGUUUUAAAGUGGGUUUUCCACAAUGACUUGAUCAUAGACAGCACAAUGGCUUGAUUUCAUAAACAUGUUCAGUUAAGUUAAAGAUGCAUUUAUUACAGGCAGCACAGACAGACUGAAGUAUUUAGUUGUACAUAAUCUAAAAGUAUUGAAGCUUGUAAGGAUCCACUGGUUAUUUACAAUAUUGAUAAGUGUAAAAAUACUUCAAGAGACAUAAAUUUCUAUUUUAAAGCACAUUUUAUACACUUUUUAUCAUGUUUAUUUUUUUUUUUUUAUAUAUAUAUUUCUUUAGACCUAAAAUGUACCACCACAACCACUAUGGUCAAGAUAGCAAAUCACAUAAUGAUAUGUAACAUUGUAGAUCUUUAAUAAAGGUUUGUAUUUUGCAGAUAAA